AGAAAACGAGGACGUCCAGCAUCUGGAUGGGACCAUCUCUUGGGUUCGUGAGUGGCUCAUCGGCUUCCACGGCUGCAAUGGUUAACAUCGGAUAAGGCUGGCCAUGUCGCCUUCUGGGUUUUGGGAGCGAAAACCCUCUUCCCUCCUUGCUUCCUGGACGCACUGGAGGUCCAUUCUCGCUUUGAACUCGACGCUCCUCGCCGGUCUGUGAUACCCUUCUUUAUCUUGAUUCAGUCUCGGGGAUCAUUGCAAUGGCGUCCAUGUCUGGAUUUGUCCUCAAAGGUUGCAAAUUUCAGACACGCGGCUCUCGCUGCGGAUCAAGCUCUUGUUAUCCUGCCCGGAGUGUCGUGUCCCGUCUUGAUCUCAGUAGGGACAAUUGUGAAAAUGGAAGGAGUCUGGCUGUCAAGAACCGGUUGCAGAGUUCGACGGUUGCUGUUGCCACAACCCUUUUCCUGUUAAUCCAUCUUCAAGAAAAUUGACAACUUUGUGCAAGGCUGCAACAAAUGCACCUGGAGAAAUUCCUGCCAGCACUCCUGUCGGGAUGAGCCAGUAUGAGAGAAUUAUUGAAACUCUGACCACCCUUUUUCCUGUUUGGGUUAUUUUGGGAACUAUCAUUGGAAUUUACAAACCAGCUGCGGUUACUUGGCUUGAAACCGAUCUUUUCACUGUUGGAUUGGGUUUCCUUAUGCUUUCUAUGGGGUUGACAUUGACAUUUGAAGAUUUCCGGCGAUGUUUGCGGAAUCCUUGGACUGUAGGUGUAGGAUUUUUGGCCCAGUACCUCAUCAAACCAAUGUUGGGCUUUGUCAUUGCAAUGACUUUAAAGUUGUCUGCACCACUUGCAACUGGUCUUAUAUUGGUGUCCUGCUGCCCUGGAGGUCAAGCGUCCAAUGUUGCUACUUAUAUCUCUAAGGGGAAUGUAGCACUCUCCGUCCUCAUGACAACGUGUUCGACUAUUGGUGCCAUUGUGAUGACGCCUCUCCUCACUAAGCUUCUUGCUGGCCAGCUUGUUCCUGUUGAUGCUGCGGGCCUGGCUAUCAGUACUUUUCAGGUCGUUUUGGUGCCAACAAUAGUAGGAGUGUUGGCCAAUGAAUUUUUUCCUAAGUUUACUUCAAAAAUAGUCACUGUGACCCCAUUGAUUGGAGUUAUUCUGACCACCUUACUUUGUGCAAGCCCUAUUGGGCAAGUUGCAGAUGUCUUAAAAACUCAAGGAGCGCAACUUCUGUUACCAGUAGCGCUCCUGCAUGCCGUUGCCUUUGCUAUUGGAUAUUGGAUAUCAAGAUUCUCAUUUGGUGAAUCUACUUCCCGCACCAUUUCUAUUGAAUGUGGGAUGCAGAGUUCUGCCCUUGGAUUUCUUCUCGCCCAGAAACAUUUCACCAAUCCUCUGGUAGCUGUUCCUUCUGCAGUCAGCGUAGUUUGCAUGGCGCUCGGCGGGAGUGCACUAGCUGUUUUCUGGAGAAACAAACCGAUCCCGAUCGAUGACAAAGACGACUUUGAAGAAUGAGACGUCCUUAAGACAUCCUGUCUCCAUAUUUUCUCUAGGUUUAUUGAUUUCGGGUGUAAUUUUUGUUCUCAUUUGGUGGUUUCUCAUGCAGUAUGGUUGUUUCGGCUUUAAGUUCUAGCUAGAAGGAAGUGAAUUCUGAUGUAUAUCAUUUUGGAUACUAAGCUGGAGAGGAGACGUUUUAGCCUUAAUAAAAGCAAAGGCAAUUCUUCAUCUA